CGAUAUUAAACGAAUAUGAUGUCUUCUUGAUAUUUAUGAUUUUAUUCUCUUCUAUUUUUUUUUUUUGUUUUUCGAUCUUCCACUACUUCGACGAUAUUUUAUUUCGUUGUGUAACUCAUCGAAUUUCUAUUCAUCGUGGAGCCUCGUAUAAACGUCGAGCAUGCGGAAUUUGUUUAGCUUUUAAACGCAUGCGUAGGAUUUCAUCGGCGGUAGAGCGUUUUGGCCCUCCAGGACAGUGAGCAUCCAGUCGGUGAUCGUCGUCGUUUCGAUCGGUGUGCCUGACGAAAAGGUCGCCGUCUUCGGCCUUUUUUAUCCCUGGUUCGUUCUUGCACCCUCUCGUCCAACACCAGUCAUCGUCAUCACCAACGCGUCGUCGUAAUCGUGUGAUCUUUGUUUACUUUGUGUAACUCAAUUGUUAUCCAGUGACAAAUUUGUUUGGCUUGGAGUUAAAGCUCUGGAAAAACCAAGAAGAGGAAGAAGAGGAAGAAGAGGAAGAGGUGGAAGAGGAAGAGGAAGAGGAAGGGAAGAUCAUGCUCGAAUGUGAUAAGCGUGCGUGUUUUUAACGAAACGACCGUUAAGAAGGGCCACCACUUUCCCUUUGGACGAGCUGUGAGCACGAGCUUGCGAGCAGGAAGCUUGCGAGCACGAGCUUGCGUACGUCGAGGAGGAAGAAACGAAGAUCUUUCUCGUUGUUGUGUGACGAUCUCGUGAAAGCUGGGUCGUCGCCGGUAUGGCUGACAGCGAAGGUGGCUCCGAACAGGACGACGUAUCAUUCCUUCGUACGGAGGAUAUGGUAUGUCUGUCCUGUACAGCAACAGGCGAGAGGGUUUGCCUGGCAGCCGAAGGUUUUGGCAAUCGACAUUGUUUCCUCGAAAAUAUCGCAGACAAGAAUAUUCCUCCAGAUCUAUCGCAAUGUGUGUUUGUGAUAGAACAAGCUCUCUCGGUGAGAGCCCUACAGGAAUUAGUCACGGCUGCUGGCUCCGAGACGCAGCAAGAGAAUUUAGGAAAAGGUACCGGAUCAGGACACAGAACUUUACUUUAUGGCAAUGCCAUACUUUUGAGGCAUCUAAACAGCGACAUGUACCUGGCAUGUCUGUCAACGAGUUCAUCAAACGAUAAACUCGCAUUUGACGUAGGUUUACAACAACAUUCACAAGGCGAAGCUUGUUGGUGGACAGUACAUCCAGCUUCGAAACAAAGAUCUGAAGGUGAAAAGGUCCGAGUAGGUGACGAUCUAAUUCUUGUAUCUGUUGCCACUGAAAGAUACUUGCACACAACGAAAGAAAAUGAUUUAUCAGUAGUAAACGCAUCGUUUCACGUGACACAUUGGUCGGUACAACCUUAUGGUACUGGUAUAAGUAGAAUGAAAUACGUAGGAUACGUUUUUGGUGGUGACGUAUUAAGAUUUUUUCAUGGUGGCGAUGAGUGUCUUACUAUACCUUCGACAUGGAGCACGUCACCUAAUCAAAAUAUCGUAACAUACGAAGGAGGAAGUGUUAUGAGUCAAGCAAGAUCCUUAUGGAGGUUGGAAUUAGCUAGAACAAAAUGGGCAGGUGGUUUUAUUAAUUGGUUGCAUCCAAUGCGUAUAAGACAUUUGACAACUGGUCGAUAUCUUGCAGUAAAAGAAAAUAAUGAAUUAUAUUUGGUGGACAGAAACGAAGCAACGAUAGAAACUUCGACAUUCUGGCUGAGACAAGAGAAGGAUGAUCAAAAAAUAAUACUCGAGGAUAAAGAUUUAGAAGUUAUUGGAAUGCCGAUUAUUAAAUAUGGUGACUCGACGGUUAUUAUGCAACACUCUACAACGUGUCUCUGGGUUUCUUACAAGUCGUACGAGACAAAAAAGAAAGGCGUGGGUAAGGUGGAAGAAAAACAGGCGGUAUUGCACGAGGAGGGAAAAAUGGACGAUGGUUUGGAUUUUUCACGUUCCCAAGAAGAAGAAUCUAGAACGGCACGUGUUAUUAGAAAAUGUAGUAGCUUGUUCACGCAAUUUAUUACAGGUUUAGAAACGUUGCAAAUUAAUAGAAGAGCAUCGAUGUUUUUUCAAAAUGUAAAUCUCAAUGAAAUGGUAAUGUGUCUGGAAGAUUUAAUCAAUUAUUUCGCUCAGCCAGAAGAUGAUAUGGAACACGAAGAAAAACAAAACAGAUUUCGUGCGUUAAGAAAUCGUCAAGAUCUGUUCCAAGAAGAGGGCAUAUUAAAUCUCAUUUUGGAAGCGAUAGAUAAGAUUAACGUGAUCACUUCGCAAGGUUUUCUUGUCGCACUUUCUGGAGACGAAAGUGGUCAAGCGUGGGAUCAAAUUUCUGGUUAUCUUUAUCAAUUAUUAGCAGCUAUAAUCAAAGGAAACCAUACGAAUUGCGCUCAAUUUGCAAAUAGCAAUCGUUUGAAUUGGUUGUUCAGUCGUUUAGGUUCUCAAGCGUCCAGCGAAGGUACCGGAAUGUUGGACGUACUUCACUGCGUUCUUAUUGAUUCGCCCGAAGCUUUGAACAUGAUGAGGGAUGAACAUAUCAAAGUGAUAAUCUCUCUUUUGGAGAAACAUGGCAGAGAUCCAAAAGUUUUGGACGUGUUGUGUUCCCUUUGCGUGGGUAACGGAGUAGCUGUACGAUCAUCGCAGAAUAAUAUAUGUGAUUUUUUGCUUCCUGGAAAAAAUUUACUUCUUCAGACGCAACUGGUUGAUCACGUAGCUAGCAUAAGACCUAACAUAUUUGUCGGUAGAGUCGAGGGAUCAGCGUUAUAUCAGAAAUGGUAUUUCGAAGUUACCGUAGAUCAUAUUGAACAAACAACUCACAUGAUGCCACAUUUGCGGAUAGGUUGGGCUAACACAGCUGGUUACAUGCCGUAUCCAGGUGGUGGCGAAAAAUGGGGUGGAAACGGUGUCGGUGACGAUCUUUACUCGUUCGGUUACGAUGGCGCGAAUCUUUGGACAGGUGGUAGAAAGACACAAGUUGUUCAAGAUGCUACGGAACCAUUUAUUAGAAAAAGCGACGUAAUUGGUUGUUCCUUGGAUUUGACCGUUCCUGUAAUAUCGUUCACUUUCAACGGCACUCACGUUGCUGGCUCUUUCAGAAAUUUUAAUCUCGACGGAAUGUUUUUCCCAGCGAUCAGUUGUUCCUCCAAAUUAUCCUGUAGAUUUCUUCUCGGUGGCGAUCAUGGAAGAUUGAAGUAUCAACCACCUGAGGAAUUUUCACCUCUGGUAGAAAGUCUACUACCCCAACAGAUACUUUCCUUGGAUCCUUGUUUCUAUUUUGGGAAUAUGAAUAAAGUUGUAUUAGCCGGACCAUGGUUGGUGGAAGAUGACACGGCAUUUGUUCCUGCACCUGUUGAUACUUCCAUGAUCAAUCUACCGAGUUACGUCGAACAGAUAAGAGACAAACUAGCCGAGAAUAUUCACGAAAUGUGGGCUAUGAACAAAAUCGAAGCUGGAUGGAUAUACGGUGAACACAGAGACGAUUUAAGAAAAAUUCAUCCCUGUAUCGUACAGUUUGAAAGAUUACCUGCCGCUGAAAAACGAUAUGACACUCAAUUAGCCGUUCAAACGUUGAAGACCAUAUUAGCUCUUGGAUAUUACAUUACAAUGGACAAACCACCGUCUAGAAUAAAAACAUUAAGGUUACCUAACGAACCAUUCUUACAAAGCAGUGGUUAUAAACCGGCACCUCUCGAUCUCAGUGCCAUCAAUUUAACCCCUAAAAUGGAGGAAUUGGUGGAUCAAUUGGCAGAAAAUACCCACAAUCUUUGGGCGAAAGAACGAAUCAGUCAAGGUUGGACUUACGGAUUGAACGAAGAUUCUGAAAUGAGAAGGAGUCCGCAUUUGGUACCGUAUCCUAAAGUAGAUGAGGCCAUUAAAAAAGCUAAUCGGGAUACUGCCAGUGAAACUGUUAGGACGCUUCUCGUCUAUGGUUAUAUGCUUGAUCCACCAACUGGUGAACAACACGAGGCUCUAUUGUUAGAAGCUAAUAGAUUACGACAACUGUAUUUUAGAACGUAUAGGGUUGAGAAACAUUAUGCGGUUAACAGUGGCAAAUGGUAUUUCGAAUUCGAAGUUUUAACAGCCGGUCCUAUGCGCGUUGGUUGGGCAAAAGCUGACUGUAUGCCAGGAAGUAUGUUGGGUAGCGACGAGAAUACCUGGGCAUUCGAUGGCUAUAACGAGGAAAAAGUAUACUCGGGCACAGCCGAAACAUUCGGCAAGCAAUGGCAGGUUGGAGAUGUUGUCGGGGUUUUCCUGGAUCUAAUUGACCGAACUAUUAGUUUUUCAUUAAACGGAGAACUUCUGAUGGAUGCACUCGGUGGUGAAACAUCGUUCGCUGACGUACAAGGUGAUUCCUUCGUACCAGCUUUUACACUUGGCGUCGGACAAAAGGCUAAACUGACGUUUGGUCAGGACGUGAAUACUUUGAAAUUUUUCACUACUUGCGGUUUGCAAGAAGGAUACGAACCCUUUUGCGUGAACAUGAAUCGUUUAGUCACGUAUUGGUAUACGAAGGAUCAACCAAUUUUCGAGAACACCGAUGACAUGGCCGAUACCAGGAUAGACGUUGCUAGAAUUCCUGCAGGAUCGGACACACCGCCCUGUUUAAAAAUUUCUCACAACACAUUUGAAACUAUGGAAAAAGCUAAUUGGGAAUUUUUACGACUUUCCCUUCCCGUUAUUUGCCUGUCAACGUUUAUAUCGGAAAACGAGAAGGUACGAAGAUGGCAGGACAUUAAAAUGCAUCAGAGCAGACUUUUGUCCGAACAAUUCGAACAAACCCAACAGGCGGCACCUUCGGCUCAAAUGGAACAAAUCAUGAAAUCUGGAUUUAGCAUGAGCGAUAUCAAAGGCUUGCAAAGGAAUUAUUCUGAAGAUGCUGUAGAAGCUGAUGAGAUGGCAAAAGAAUCACCAAUACCAAUGCAAAGAAAUAAACCUAUGAGACCACCGAGAAAGGGUUCGAUUUAUGGAUCACGUUCCGGAGCUAUGGAUAGUGCUGUAAAUGAAGCAGAAAUGAACGGUUACGGGGAGAUGAACGGUGACGUCAAAGAUGAUAAAAAGAAACGCGGUCGUUCGCCGUUUAGAAAGCUUAGCAAAGAAAUGGAAGAUGUAUUCUUUUCGCGGAAAGCAAAAUCACCGGAGGCAAAAGCUAAAACGCCGGAGCUUCAAGUACGUUCCGACGUAUCCGAUAAAAGUACGAGGACGCUUACUGCAAGUAAAACUGGAAGUAAAACUGCUCAAAUACGUGUCUCUACCACCGACUUGAAAGUAGUCCCACCACAAAUUCCGGAACGUAACGCACCUAAAAUAAUGUCGGUAUUAACUGGCAGUGGGGUGGAAGCUAUCGGUAAUGAAAUCUUUGACGCGGAAUGUUUAAAAUUAAUGAACGAAUAUUUCUACGGUGUUAGAAUAUUUCCCGGGCAAGAUCCGACACACGUAUACAUUGGUUGGGUAACUUCGCAAUAUCAUUUGCACACGAAGGAUUUUAAUUUGUCCCGCGUUAGGAAAGCUUCGGUUGUCAUUACAGAUGAUUACGAUCGUCCGGUAGAACAAGUCGAUAGACAAAGUUGUUACAUGGUAAGAGCCGAUGAAUUAUACAACGAAGUUACCCAAGAUGCAUCGGGAAAGGGUGCAUCCCAAGGGAUGUUCGUCGGUUGUUUCGUGGACACCGCAACGGGUUGCAUUUCUUUCACCUGCGAGGGUAAAGAAACCACUCACAAAUUCAAAAUGGAACCUGACACGAAAUUAUUUCCUGCGAUAUUUGUCGAAGCUACCAGCAAAGAGAUCCUUCAAAUCGAACUUGGAAGAACGUCUACGACGUUACCGUUAUCUGCAGCAGUUUUACAAAAUUCAGAACGUCAUGUAAUUCCACAAUUUCCUCCCAGACUCAAAGUGCAAUGUCUGAAACCUCAUCAAUGGGCCAGAGUACCAAAUCAAUCGCUUCAGGUCCACGCUUUGAAAUUGUCCGAUAUCAGAGGUUGGUCGAUGCUUUGCGAAGAUGCAAUUUCAAUGUUGGCUUUACAUAUUCCUGAAGAAGAUAGGUGUAUCGAUAUUCUCGAACUCAUUGAAAUGGACAAACUUUUAAGUUUCCACGCUCACACAUUGACGCUGUAUGCGGCAUUGUGUUAUCAAUCGAACUACAGAGCAGCUCAUGCAUUAUGUCAACACGUCGAUCAAAAACAAUUAUUGUAUGCUAUCCGAGCCGAAUAUAUGUCCGGACCAUUACGACAAGGUUUUUACGAUUUACUGAUCGCAUUACAUCUCGAGUCUCACGCAACUACGAUGGAAGUUUGCAAAAAUGAAUUUAUCAUACCUCUAGGUCAAGAAUUGAAGGAUUUGUACGAAGAUCCCGAAAUGAAACAUAGUCUUAGAUAUUUGGAAACCGAAUCCGUACGGCCGCAAAUGAAGAUGACUGAUAUAAGGCGAAUUCCUUCUAGCGAUCAAACUAUCGAGAAUAUAAGAAGUCUAUACAGUCCACACUUUCCUCUCGAUGUUGUACGUGAUUACGUGAUGAUGGCAUUAAACGAAGCCGUUGAAGUCAAUCAGGUUCAUAAUCGAGAUCCUAUAGGAGGCAGCAACGAAAAUUUAUUCUUGCCAUUGAUAAAACUCGUAGAUAGAUUACUUUUGGUUGGAAUGCUUAGAAACGAGGAUGUCGUGAAAUUACUUAUUAUGAUCAAUCCGGAAACUUGGGAUCCAACAUUUGAUAAAGAAGGCAAAGAUGAGCACAAAAAGGGUUUGCUUCAUAUGAAAAUGGCGGAGGGUGCAAAGUUGCAAAUGUGUUACCUUCUCCAUCAUUUAAAUGACAUUCAAUUACGUCAUCGCGUAGAAUCUAUCAUAGCGUUCAGUCAUGAUUUCGUUGGUGAUUUGCAAGCCGAUCAAUUGCGUCGUUACAUUGACAUCAAACAAUCCGAUUUGCCAUCUGCCGUAGCUGCCAAAAAGACGAGAGAAUUUCGUUGUCCGCCUCGCGAACAAAUGAAUGCGAUAUUAAGUUUCAAAAGUCUCGAUCCGGAAGAAGAUUCGGAAAAUUGUCCAUGCGGGGAAGAAUUAGUGGCAAAGAUGAACGAAUUUCACAACGAUUUAAUGUCUUACGUAUCGUUGCACGCAUUGCAAGAAGCUGCGGAUGCCGCAAACGAGCCCGAGGAAGAAAUACAAAAACCCGGUGCUAUGAAGAAAUUAUUUAAUUUCAUCAAUGCCGUUAAGGAACUCGAGGAAGAACCAAAACCAGAACCAGAACCGGAAAAGAAAACUCCCGAGGAAGUAUUUCGUAAGGUUUUAAUAGCAACCAUAGUUAAAUGGGCGGAAGAAGCUCAGAUUGAAACGCCCAAACUCGUACGUGAAAUGUUUAGUUUACUCGUACGACAAUACGACACUGUAGGCGAAUUGAUAAGAGCAUUGGAAAAAACUUAUGUGAUUAAUAGUAAAACUAGAGAAGACGUUGCUUCGAUGUGGGUUGGUUUAAGUCAGAUUCGUGCUUUAUUGCCAGUACAAAUGUCUCAGGAAGAAGAAGAACUCGUCAGAGAGAGAUUGUGGAAGUUGGUGAACAAUCACACGUUCUUCCAGCAUCCAGAUUUGAUUCGAGUACUUAGGAUUCACGAAAAUGUAAUGGCGAUUAUGAUGAAUACUUUAGGUAGACGUGCACAGGCACAAUCAGAUGCACAGACACAAGCACAGGCUGCAGAAGGAGAAGCAGCUUCUAAAGAAAAAGAUACAUCUCACGAAAUGGUAGUAGCUUGUUGUAGAUUCCUUUGUUAUUUCUGUCGUACCUCAAGGCAAAAUCAAAAGGCCAUGUUCGAUCAUUUUGAUUUCCUAUUGGAAAACAGUAACAUUCUACUUGCCAGACCAUCAUUGAGAGGUUCUACACCAUUGGAUGUAGCUUAUUCCUCAUUGAUGGAAAACACUGAACUGGCACUCGCCCUUAGAGAACAUUAUUUAGAAAAAAUAGCAAUAUAUUUGUCGAGAUGCGGCCUGCAAUCGAAUUCCGAAUUGGUUGAAAAAGGUUAUCCUGAUCUCGGUUGGGAUCCAGUCGAGGGUGAACGUUAUUUAGAUUUCUUGAGAUUUUGUGUAUGGGUAAAUGGUGAAAGUGUUGAAGAAAAUGCAAACUUGGUAAUACGUUUGUUGAUAAGAAGACCGGAAUGUUUGGGUCCUGCAUUACGAGGUGAGGGAGAAGGUUUACUGAGAGCUAUAAUUGAUGCCAAUAAGAUGUCCGAACGUAUCGCCGAUAGACGAAAACUUUUUAAACAGGUGCACGACGAAGCCGAGGGUACAGCAGUGGUGAUGCAGUUCGAGCAUCCGCUUCCAGAAUCAGACGACGAUGAAGAUUACAUUGAUACGGGUGCUGCUAUUCUCAAUUUUUAUUGCACCCUCGUUGAUUUACUCGGUCGAUGUGCUCCAGAUUCUUCCGUGAUCGAGCAAGAAUCCCCUUCGGAAUCCCUUGGAAAAAAUGAAUCGCUUCGUGCAAGAGCUAUUUUACGGUCGUUGGUACCAUUGGAUGAUCUUCAAGGAGUACUAUCAUUAAGAUUUACGUUGCAUAAUCCAGCUGCUGGAGAAGAAAGGCCAAAAAGUGAUAUGCCGUCUGGAUUGAUACCUGGUCAUAAACAAAGUGUCGUACUUUUCUUGGAACGCGUUUAUGGGAUUGAAACUCAAGAAUUGUUUUUCAAAUUACUCGAGGAAGCUUUCUUACCAGAUUUAAGAGCUGCCACCAUGUUGGAUAGGAACGAUGGAUACGAAUCCGACAUGGCCCUUGCUAUGAAUCGAUAUAUAGGAAACAGUAUUUUGCCAUUAUUGAUAAAACAUUCAAAGUUUUACAACGAGGCUGAUAAUUAUGCGAGUCUAUUGGAUGCUACUUUACAUACCGUAUAUCGACUUAGCAAAAAUAGAAUGUUAACGAAGGGUCAACGCGAAGCUGUCUCAGAUUUCCUCGUUGCUUUGACCAGAUGUCUUGACGAGUCUAAUUUUUCCCAAAUGCAACCGAGUAUGUUGCUUAAAUUACUUCGAAAAUUAACCGUGGAUGUUUCGAAAUUGUCAGAGUACACCACGGUCGCAUUGAGGUUGCUUACUUUGCAUUACGAUCGGUGCGCUAAAUAUUACGGAUCGACUGGAGGCCAAGGAGCUUAUGGUGCUUCGAGUGACGAAGAAAAACGUUUGACGAUGGUUCUGUUCAGUAAUAUAUUCGAUUCGUUGUCUAAAAUGGAUUACGAUCCGGAAUUAUUUGGAAAAGCUUUACCCUGUCUCACUGCUAUUGGUUGUGCUUUACCACCGGAUUAUUCAUUGUCCAAAAAUUACGAAGACGAAUGGUACGGUAGCAAAUCAACGUCUACCCAAUCACCCGAUGGUCCAUAUAAUCCACAACCCAUCAACACGUCUAGCGUUGUACUAAAUAACGAUCUGAAUCAAAUAGUACAAAAAUUUUCUGAACAUUAUCACGAUGCAUGGGCUAGUAGAAAAUUAGAGAAUGGUUGGACUUACGGUGAACAAUGGUCCGAUGUUAAUAAAACUCAUCCAAGAUUGAAACCUUACAACAUGUUGAAUGAUUACGAGAGAGAACGUUACAAAGAACCAGUCAGAGAAAGUUUAAAAGCUUUAUUGGCUAUUGGCUGGAGUGUCGAACAUGCAGAAGUUGAUGUACCAUCGACGAAUCGUAGUUCUAUGAGAAGAUCAUCCAAGAGUCAGGGUGAUUCUGCGAGUCCGUUUAAUUACAAUCCUCAUCCAGUUGACAUGACCAAUUUGACGCUUAGCAGAGAAAUGCAAAACAUGGCCGAACGUUUGGCCGACAAUGCUCAUGAUAUUUGGGCUAAGAAAAAAAAGGAAGAACUCGUUACGUGUGGAGGUGGUAUUCAUCCUCAAUUGGUACCGUACGAUCUUUUAACCGAUAAAGAAAAACGAAAGGAUCGCGAACGUUCUCAAGAAUUCUUAAAAUACUUGCAAUAUCAAGGUUACAAACUUCACAGACCAAAUCGUGGUGGAGAAACGGAAGUUGCCAGUGCCGGUGCAGCGGUUGAACUUCGUUUUGCUUAUUCCUUAUUAGAAAAAUUGAUAGCGUAUCUCGACAAAGCGACGAUCAACAUGAAACUUUUGAAACCAUCCGAUACGUUUAGUCGUAGAAACAGUUUCAAAACGUCGACGAGGGAUAUCAAAUUUUUCAGCAAAGUUGUAUUGCCGUUGAUGGAAAAGUAUUUCAGUACUCAUAGGAAUUAUUUUAUCGCAGUGGCAACUGCUACGAAUAAUAUCGGGGCGGCAUCGUUGAAGGAAAAAGAAAUGGUCGCUGCAUUAUUCUGCAAAUUGGCCAAUUUGUUACGAUCAAGGCUUGCCGCUUUUGGUGCUGACGUAAGGAUAACCGUUCGUUGUCUGCAGGUCCUUGUAAAGGGUAUCGACGCGAAGAGUUUGGUUAAAAAUUGUCCUGAAUUUAUCAGGACUUCUAUGUUGACCUUUUUCAAUAAUACAGCAGACGAUUUAGGCCAUACGAUAUUAAAUCUUCAAGAGGGAAAGUAUAGUCAUCUUAGAGGUACACAUUUGAAAACUUCAACAUCGUUAUCGUACAUCAACAGUGUCGUGUUGCCAGUUCUUACUGCUAUGUUUGAUCAUCUAGCUGCUUGCGAAUACGGAAGCGAUUUGUUACUUGAUGAAAUUCAAGUAGCCUCUUACAAAAUGUUGGCAUCACUUUAUACUCUCGGUGUAGAUUCCAGUUUAACUCAUGAUAGAAAAUACCUGAAAACUGAAAUCGAACGUCACAAACCAAAUCUUGGUUCCUGUUUGGGUGCCUUUUCGAGUUGUUUCCCAGUUGCCUUUUUAGAACCUCAUUUAAACAAACACAAUCAAUAUUCCCUUUUAAAUCGUAUCGCUGAUCAUUCAUUAGAAGCUCAAGACAUUAUGACAAAAAUGGAAUCAAGUAUGCCAACAUUGGAAACGAUCCUAACGGAAGUCGAUCAAUUCGUUGAGUCUGAAAAAACUUACAACGAUGCCCCGCACGUUGUUGACGUAAUAUUACCACUUUUAUGCUCUUACUUACCAUUCUGGUGGGCACAAGGCCCGGAUAAUGUUAAUCCAACCGAAGGUACAUACGUCAGCAUGGUAACCAGCGAUCACAUGAAUCAAUUAUUGAAAAAUGUAUUAAAAUUGAUAAAGAAAAAUAUAGGCAACGAAAAUGCCCCAUGGAUGACACGAAUCGCUGCUUAUACGCAACAGAUAAUUAUUAAUUCUUCCGAAGAAUUACUCAAAGAUCCAUUUUUACCUUUGGCCGAACGCGUUAGAAAACGUACCGAUACCAUGUUUCACAAAGAAGAAUCCCUUCGGGGAUUCAUUAAAUCUUCUACUGAUGAUACAUCGCAGGUCGAAGCUCAGAUACAGGAAGAUUGGCAACUUUUGGUACGCGACAUAUAUUCGUUUUAUCCUCUUCUUAUUAAGUACGUUGAUUUACAAAGGAAUCAUUGGUUGAGAAAUAAUAUACCCGAAGCUGAAGAUCUUUACAAUCACGUUGCCGCGAUAUUCAAUAUAUGGUCAAAGUCACAAUAUUUCUUACGCGAGGAACAAAACUUUAUAUCGACUAACGAGAUUGAUAACAUGGUUCUUAUAAUGCCAACUGCAACUAGAAGAUCAACUACCGUUUCGGAUGGUACUGCUCCGGCUGGUGGUGGAAAGAAAAAGAAGAAACAUCGUGACAAAAAAAGAGACAAGGAUAAAGAAGUUCAGGCGUCCCUGAUGGUUGCAUGUCUCAAACGUUUGCUACCAGUUGGUUUGAAUCUGUUCGCUGGUCGUGAACAAGAACUCGUUCAACACUGCAAAGAUAGAUUCUUAAAAAAGAUGCCGGAAUACGAGAUAGCCGAAUUCGCUAAGACCCAAUUAACGUUGCCCGAUAAAAUCGAUCCCGCGGACGAGAUGUCCUGGCAACAUUAUUUGUAUUCUAAAUUAGGACAGAAGAAGGAUGUUAUGGAACCGGUUAAAGCUCAACAACUCGAGGACGUAGUUGCUAGAAUUACAGACAUGGCUAAAGUACUGUACGGCCUACAUAUGAUAGAUCAUCCACAACAGCAGAGCAAGAGUCAAUACCGAUCAGUGGUGUCGAUACAACGCAAACGAGCGGUGAUCGCUUGUUUCCGUCAAACUUCCCUACAUUCCUUGCCCAGGCAUCGGGCAAUAAAUAUAUUUGCGAGGACGUACUACGAAUUAUGGUUGCAGGACGAAAACGUAGGUCAGGAAGUAAUGAUUGAAGACCUUACGCAAUCAUUCGAGGAUGCAGAAUUGAAAAAAAUGGACAAGGAUGAAGAUGAGGGUAAACCAGAUCCAUUAACACAACUGGUAACAACGUUCUGUCGUGGUGCAAUGACUGAAAGAUCCGGUGCUCUUCAAGAAGAUCCAUUGUACAUGAGUUACGCUCAAAUAAUAUCUAAAUCAUGCGGGGAGGAAGAAGAGGAGGGUGAAGAGGAAGGGGGUGGCGGCGAAGAAGAGGGUGGAGCAUCCAUUCAUACGUGGCCACAUAAACUGCUUAUGAGGCCAAUGCACAAAUUAAUGGAACAAGAAAUGGAGAAGCAGAAGCUGCUUUUUCAUCAAGCACGUUUAGCGAAUCGGGGUGUCGCGGAAAUGGUAUUACUUCAUAUAUCAGCGUGCAAAGGUGUUCCAAGCGAGAUGGUUAUGAAAACAUUGGAAUUGGGAAUUUCUAUUCUUCGCGGUGGUAACAUAGAGAUACAACGUGGAAUGUUAAAUCAUCUGAAGGAGAAGAAGGACGUUGGUUUUUUCACCUCGAUCGCGGGUCUUAUGAAUUCCUGCAGUGUUCUCGAUUUGGAUGCUUUCGAGAGGAAUACAAAAGCCGAGGGUCUUGGUGUUGGUUCUGAAGGUGCUGCUGGUGAAAAAAACAUGCACGAUGCUGAAUUUACGUGUGCUUUAUUCCGUUUUAUACAAUUGACUUGUGAAGGUCACAAUCUUGAUUGGCAAAAUUAUCUCAGAACGCAAGCGGGUAAUACAACAACGGUAAACGUCGUCAUAUGUACCGUGGAUUAUUUACUACGAUUACAAGAAUCAAUUAUGGAUUUUUAUUGGCAUUAUUCGAGUAAAGAAUUAAUUGAUCCGGCUGGUAAAGCGAACUUUUUCAAAGCAAUCGGUGUUGCUAGUCAAGUAUUCAACACCCUUACUGAAGUUAUUCAGGGACCUUGCGCACAAAAUCAACAGGCUUUAGCACAUUCGAGAUUGUGGGAUGCCGUUGGUGGUUUUCUAUUUUUGUUUUCACACAUGCAAGAUAAAUUAUCGAAACACUCCAGUCAAGUAGAUCUUUUGAAAGAAUUAUUGAAUCUACAAAAGGAUAUGAUCACUAUGAUGCUAUCAAUGUUGGAAGGAAACGUCGUUAAUGGUACUAUCGGAAAACAGAUGGUUGACACGUUGGUCGAGUCAGCGGGUAACGUCGAAUUAAUUCUAAAAUAUUUCGAUAUGUUUCUGAAAUUAAAAGAUCUAGUAUCAUCGCCCAGUUUCUUAGAAGUAGAUCUUAAUAGCGACGGUUGGGUAUAUCCUAAAGAUUUUAAAGAGAAAAUGGAACAACAAAAAAGUUACACCGACGAAGAGAUAGAAUUUUUAUUGGCUUGCUGCGAGACUAAUCACGACGGUAAAAUCGAUUACGUUGCCUUCAUGGAUCGUUUCCACGAACCAGCGAAAGAAAUUGGUUUUAAUCUCGCUGUACUUUUGACUAAUCUUUCUGAGCAUAUGCCAAACGAGCCUAGAUUGGCUAGAUUCCUCGAAACUGCUGGCUCAGUUUUAAAUUAUUUCGAACCAUUUUUAGGAAGGAUAGAAAUUUUAGGUGGUAAUAAAAAAAUCGAACGGGUAUAUUUCGAAAUCAAAGAAUCAAACAUAGAACAGUGGGAAAAGCCACAGAUAAAAGAAUCAAAAAGAACGUAUUUCUAUAACACGGUAGUCGAGGCAGGUGAAAAAGAAAAAUUAGAAACUUUCAUUAAUUUUUGCGAAGAUGCGAUAUUUGAAAUGCAACAUGCCAGUGCUUUGAUGGCGGUAGAAGAGAGCGGUGGUAUUGGUAAAGCGAGAGAAUCAUCUUACACUUACAUGUCGGAAGACGACGAAGAAAGAAACAAAGAUCCGAUAAGGAGAGGUAUACAAGCAUUCAAGGAUGGCAUUUAUUUCUUCUUUUCAAUGUUCUCACCGACAAAUAUAAAAAACAAAAUAACGGAGAUGCAACAAAUGACGAUACCCGAAUUAUUUAUUGGCUUUUUCAAAAUGAUAUUUUAUUCGUUUUAUUAUUCCGGAUUUGGUGUUGGUUGCGUGAUAAGUUACUUUAUGAAAUUAUUAUUAACUUUGAUGAGAGGACCACAUAUGGAUGAACCCGCUAUUGAGAUAAAAGAAGAAGAAGAAAAACCAUUGAGACAUUUGCCUGCUUUACCUCCAACGCCGGAUGAAUCUAAUUUACAGGUACAAGCUUUCGGAAUGGAUAUAACGAAAGAGGAAGGUGGUCAAAUAAAAAUAGCACCACACGAAUCGUCGACUUCAACACCACAAUCAAGUAUCGAGGAAACUGGUGAAAGUACUCCGGACGAGGGUGGCGGUGAGGAAGGUAUAAGGACAGGUGAUGGAGGUACUGGAGAAUCUGAUGCACCUGUUAAAUUCGUCGAUUUACUUGGUACCGGCGAACAAGCAAGGGCCCAAGCCGCAGCAGCAGCUGAAGCGGCAGCUGCUCAACAAGCAGCAAUGGCAGCUGUGGAAGCUGAAGCAAAACAAGAAACAAUAACCGAACCGUCGGCUGCAUCGUCAAUUGAUUUUUCGGAAUACACUCAUCGCAUUGUCUCAUUUUUGGCUAGAAACUUUUAUAAUCUUAAAUACGUUGCCCUUGUUCUUGCCUUUUGUAUAAAUUUCAUGCUACUAUUCUACAAGGUCACAUCUCUAGCUGGGGAUUCCGACGAUGAAGGUAGUGGGGAUGCCAUGGCUGAUAUAUUAGCUGACAUGUCGGGAGAAGGUUCAUCUGGUUCAGGAGGUAGCGGUUUAGAAAUUGGAAGUGGUAGCGGUGAAAAUGAUUCCGAAGAGGAAGAGGAAGAUCCUAUGGAAUUCGUUGAAGUUUCGGAAGAUUUUUAUUAUAUGGCACACGUUAUGAGGCUAAUGGCUGCAUUACAUUCUAUCGUUUCUUUAGCCAUGCUUGUAGCAUAUUAUCAUCUUAAAGUACCGUUAGCCAUAUUCAAACGUGAAAAAGAAAUUGCCCGUCGUGUCGAGUUCGAUGGUUUGUACAUUGCCGAAAGUCCCGAGGAGGAUGACAUCAAAGCACAUUGGGAUAAAAUGGUAAUAUCGGCUAAAACGUUUCCCGUUAAUUAUUGGGACAAAUUCGUCAAAAAGAAAGUUAGACAAAAGUAUAGCGAAACGUACGAUUUCGAUUACAUCAGUAAUUUGCUCGGCAUGGAAAAGACAUCUUUCAGUCAACAAGAGGAAGAAGGUUCUGGUUUGAUACAUUUUAUCGUAAAUAUCGAUUGGAGAUAUCAAGUAUGGAAAGCUGGUGUCACUAUCACAGAUAAUGCAUUUCUAUACAGUCUCUGGUACUUCACAUUUUCGAUUUUGGGAAAUUACAAUAACUUUUUCUUUGCUGCCCAUCUGCUCGACGUUGCGGUUGGUUUCAAAACAUUGAGAACUAUCUUACAGUCCGUAACGCACAACGGAAAACAAUUGGUGCUAACAGUAAUGUUGUUAACAAUCGUAGUAUACAUUUAUACCGUGAUAGCCUUCAAUUUCUUUAGAAAAUUUUAUAUUCAAGAGGAAGACGACGAAGUUGACAAAAAGUGUCACGACAUGUUAACGUGUUUCGUUUUUCACUUAUACAAAGGUGUAAGAGCCGGUGGUGGUAUCGGUGACGAAAUCGGGGAACCAGAUGGCGAUGAUUAUGAAGUUUAUCGUAUCAUGUUUGACAUUACAUUCUUUUUCUUCGUCAUCGUUAUUCUUCUCGCUAUUAUUCAAGGUUUAAUCAUCGACGCUUUUGGUGAACUUCGUGACCAGCUGGAAAACGUCAAAACGAAUAUGGAAAGCAAUUGUUUCAUAUGUGGUUUAGGAAAAGAAUAUUUUGACACGGUACCACACGGAUUUGACACCCACGUUCAACAAGAACACAAUCUAGCUAAUUAUAUGUUCUUCCUGAUGCAUCUAAUCAACAAACCAGAUACAGAAUACACGGGUCAAGAAACUUACGUUUGGAAUAUGUACCAACAAAGAUGUUGGGAUUUCUUCCCUGUCGGUGAUUGCUUCCGUAAACAGAACGAAGCGGUAGAAGAGGAAACUAAGAAGAAAUAAAUGAGCAAUCUUUUUUCUUUUGUUUUUUUUUUUUUUUUAAUUUUUUUUUUUUAUGUUAUAUAUUUUACAUCCGUGACGUGAUCAAUUCGAUCGACUUAAUUCUACUUCCCAAAAGAAAAUUUUGGCUAGCGAGCGUUUCCAAAAUAACAUUGUAUUCUUAACAAGUGGGCCAAGAUUCGAUGAUAUAUAUAUUUUUGGAAAUUGCUAAUAUUUUAAUUUGAACAAUUUUUAAUAUCACUUUACAUUGACGUGUGAUAUAUAUAUUCAUUCAUAUAUAUCUCCAUUCAACGUAUGUGGCAUAAUUCAAUUCUGAAAUACAAUUCUGUGUUAUAUCGCGCGACCUAACACACACACACACAUACAUACACACACAGAAAACACUUAGGAAGUAAAAAUACGUCGAAUGUUGAUUAAAAGUUACAACAUAUUUUUCCAACUUUGUAAUCGUAGCUACGAGAUGGUACGUUCGGCGAUAUUUCAUGUUUUUUAGAUAAGUAAAUUUAAUCGAAUGAUGGAAAUCUUCGACCAGUACAACUUUAGUAUCAAUCGAUAUAUAAAAAAAAAAAUACAUACAUACAUACAUACAUACAAGGAAACAAACAAGACAAGAGACAAGCAAAAAAAAAAAAGAAAAAAGAUAACAAAAAAUGAAGAUAUAAGAUAUACAAAAAACGACUGCACAAAUCAACAUAUUCAUAGUGUUAUAAUUGCCUUCUUCUCUUACGUCGAUAACCGACCAAAAUCGAUCCGUGCAUAUAAAUCUAUUAUUAUAAUAUAAUAUUAUUAUUAUAGUGGGGUGAGAGAGCGUUUGCGGUGUGACGCAAUUUAGGAUGUAAGUUAGUUGAUCGCGUUUAAAGUUUAUAUCAUUAAAUCAUAAGUCGCGUGUAUUUCUCGAAGAUAUCAAAAUGAAAGAAAAAAAAAAUAAAAAUAAAAAAGAAAGCAGGAAAAAAGGAACAUAAAAAGGAAAUCUUUUUGAGAACGAUCGAUGAUUGAAUUCUCUUUUACGGUUUGUCCGUAAAUGUCAAUACAUAUUAUGUACAAUACAUAUAUAUAUACACACACACACAUAUAUAUAUAUAUUGUACAUAAAAUUCUACGUCAAGAUAAAAAUUUCGAAGAAUAAAGAAAGAACUACUUCUUUAUCGCACGUUA